AUGGCCCUGAGAAAUCAUACCAGGGUGACCGAAUUUAUUUUUUGUGGACUUACUCAGUCUCAAGAGCUGAGCUUAUUCUUAUUUUUCUUUUUAUCUAUGGUUUAUGUAACAACUGUGUUAGCAAACGUUGCCAUUAUGGUCACUGUGACCUGUGAGUCCCGCCUUCACACCCCCAUGUACUUCCUGCUCCGCAAUCUCUCCAUCUUGGACAUCUGCUUCUCCUCCAUCACAGCUCCUAAGGUCCUGAUUGAUCUUCUAUCAGAGAAAAAGGGGAUCUCCUUCAAUGGCUGUGUCACUCAGAUGUUCUUCUUCCACCUUCUGGGGGGAGCAGACAUUUUUUCUCUCUCUAUCAUGGCGUUUGACCGCUAUGUGGCCAUCUCCAAGCCCCUGCACUACGUGACCAUCAUGAGUAGGAGGCGAUGCACAGCCCUCAUCACAGCCUCCUGGGUGGGGGGCUUUGUCCACUCCAUUGUGCAGAUUUCCCUGUUGCUCCCACUGCCCUUCUGUGGGCCUAAUGUUGUUGAUGGCUUCUACUGUGAUGUCCCCCAGGUGCUCAAACUCGCCUGCAUGGACACCUUUGUUCUUGAGCUCCUGAUGAUUUCCAAUAAUGGCUUGAUCUCUACACUGUGGUUCGUCUUCCUGCUUGUGUCCUACACGGUCAUCUUGACGAUGCUGAGGUCUCAUGCUGGGGAGGGCAGGAGGAAAGCCAUCUCCACCUGCACCUCCCACAUCACUGUGGUGACCCUGCAUUUCGUUCCCUGCAUCUAUGUCUAUGCCCGGCCCUUCACUGCCCUCCCCAUGGACAGAGCUGUCUCUAUCACCUUCACUGUUGUCAUCCCUGUCCUCAAUCCCUUGAUCUACACCCUGAGGAACCAGGAGAUGAAGUCAGCCAUGUGGAAACUGAAGAAAAGGCUCAUGCUUUCUGAAGGAGAAUAG